AGUCACAACAGAGCAAUCACUAUCACCGUCCUUCUCGGAACAAUACAAGGACUGCAAGACAGCUGAAGGCCUCUAUGUGAGGCGGGCUUCUUCAACUUCUUGACUGAAUAUAAUCGAAACAGCUUCGCCGGUACCGCCCGGCACCGCACAAUAGCAGAGCCAAGUCUUAUACGACAUCUAGUAGUAUGGCAGCACCAGUAACAGCAGAAGUAAAGCGGCCACAGUCAAAACGAAAGAUUGCAGCGCAUCGCAAGUCUAGAACGGGCUGUCGCAACUGCAAGCUCCGCAAAGUGAGGUGCGAUGAGACGCACCCGAGGUGCAUCAAGUGCGAUAGCUACGGCAUUCUAUGCAACUAUGACCUCCGACAUGAGGAUCUACAAUUGGCCCACGGCGUCAGCAGCACCUCUAUGACAGCCGUUAUUGACCUGUCCAUUUUGGACUUGUCAUCCUCGGCCCUUGGUUCAAGCAUUGGGGACCGUUCAGCUCCCAAAGGCAAAGCCAACAGCAACAGCGGCAGCGGCGACGCAAGCGACGACAGUGCGUCCUGCCGAUACACGGAGGACGUAUCUGCGUAUGAACCCACACCGGAAGAGCGUGAAAUCCUAGCUCGCUUUUUCUCGAGGACGGUAUACACACUCGGUCCGAGCCAAAGCAUCACCAUUUAUCGAGACAUAUACUCCAGGUUGACUUACUCAAACGCAUUCCUGAUGCACAUCAUCCUAGCGGUCACCCUAGUCCACGACACCACCAUCAAACAAUCCCGCUCGCCCGCCGAAAUCGAAGCCAUAACCCGACACUGGUCCCACGGCGCCUCGCUUCUCAACCACGCCAUCUCCCAGCCUGUCAACACUGUGGCCCGAUCAACCCGUGACGCAAUGUGGGCGUGCGCCGGGCUUUUAGGAUGUCUGGCAUUCAGCACCGUCGACGCCGAAUGCGUCGAGCAGUCCUGGCCCCUGAAAGCCCAUGGACAGCACGACCUAGACUGGCUGAACAUGUGUGCAGGCAAGACUAUUAUUUUUAAGGUGUCAGACCCCCUUCGCGACGACAGUCUCUUCUUGCCCGUACGACAGGAGAUGGCGCAUUUCUUGAGCUUCAGGAGCGACUUGUCUGUGCCGGAGUUGCACCAAAUGAAGACACUGCCUGGUCAAUUGAUUGAGCUUUGCGAGGCCACGGAUGCAAAGCUGUCGAACGAGACUUCUGCGGACACAUGCUGCUGCAGGGGCCCUCUUUCAUUGCUGGCGCAGUUGAUGCCGCUUGAGUGCAACCAGGACAGUUACGUUCUCUUUUUGGGGUUCUUCCGCACGCUGGGCGCUGGGUUCAAGGACUUGCUUGUUUUGAAAGACCCGGUUGCACUUCUGCUUUUGCUGUUUUGGUACUCCAAGGCCAGGAAGUUCGAUACCUGGUGGCUUCGUAAUCGAGCGAACCUGGAGUAUCGUGCAAUCAUGCGGUACCUGGUGGAGCGGCAUCGAAGCGGAGACGAUGGCAGGAUCAUCGACCUUGUCCGUCAUGUCCAGGAGAGCUCCGAUGAGUAAGAAGUAUCGGCUGCCAGGCAUCAGCGAUGAGCAUAUGCCCUCCAAAAUACAACUCCGCGGCACUUAGCAAAAGAGCAUGAGCACCUGACUACAUGUUUGCGGUUGAUCAUAGCAGCAGUAAUCAGAAUGCGAUCACAGACCAGUCAGCACCACUCAUUGAUGUUCUGAAGCCAUCACCGAGAUCUGCAGCUAUUGUAGCCUACCUUUCACGGCUGCAGAGGUCGACCUGAACCAACGUAGUCGCGGUUGGCGCACAGAUGCCACCCAUGAACAUCUAGCAAAUACACGUGACUGAGAUGGAGAAGACCUACCUUUGGUAC